AUGAGAAAUGCGCCCUACAAAGUUGAUCGUGCAUCCAAUGCCCAAGAUACCGAGUUCCUGCGCGAAUUGAUUGCAGCAAAGGUCCAAUUGUUCGCCGGAGAAGAACUGUCAUGGCAGACACCUGACCUUCCGAAGAUGGCAAAUGCCGGCAUCAUUGAUAGAUGUGUGUCUGCGUGGUCUGCUGGGACGAAUUUUGUACGAAAGGGACUCGGGGAUGACAAGCGGCUGCAAAUAGACGAUUUGCCUGAUGAUAUCCAGUAUGGGCUAUGUGCUUGA